CCGGGGCACCCGAGCGCGCGGACCCCGACGGUCCUACUCCAGAUCCUGACAAAGGAGCCGGAGAGGAAGACGAGGAGGAAGGUAGCAUGCGGCUUGGCCUGCCCGCUGCUCCGAAGAACUGUGUCCCUCGCCGGGGCAUCAGCGUCCUGGAGAAGCUGGUGAAGACCAGCCCCGUGUGGCUGCAGCUGGGGCUGAGCCGGGUAGAGGCGGCCAGGAUCCUGCAGCGGGAGGCCGCCGGGAUGUUCCUGGUCCGUCGGGACAGUAGCUUGAAGCGCCGGGUGCUCUGUGUCCACUUCCCUUCUCAGAAGGACAGCUCCUCUGAGGUGCUGGAGUACCCCAUCAAAGAAGAAAAAUCCAUAUUGUACCUGGAAGGCUCCAUUCUUGUGUUUGAGGACAUCUUCAGACUGGUCGCGUUCUAUUGUGUCAGUAGAGACUUACUGCCUUCCACGCUGCGGCUGCCCCAGGCCAUUCUGGAGGCCACCAGCUUCCUGGACCUCGAGACCAUCUCCAACUUGGGUUUGGGCUUUUGGGACUCCUCGCUGAACCCCCCACGAGGCCCAGCCGAUCCCCCCAGAGGCCCAGCCCCUGGGGCUCCCACAGCUUCUAGCCUCCGGCCCACCACCCACUAUGCAAACUGUUCCUGUGAAAUUGAGCUGUCGGUGGGAAACGACCGCCUGUGGUUUGUGAACCCGAUUUUCAUCGAGGACUGCACCUUGCCCGCUGACACACUGCCUCCCGGCAGCUGCCCCUCACUCCCUGUGCCUGCUACCUCGAAUGCUACCUCGCCCAUCCCCCGGGGCUCCCCACGCCGCCCUCCGCCUCCACCCCCACCCCCAGUGCCCAGUGUGCCUCCCACUGGACCUCCUGUGCCCCCUGCCCCUGCGUUACCUUUGCCCGGCUCCCCUCUAGCACCUCAUGCCCCAGGGCCCCCAGGCCACCCUAGCCAGACACCCAUGACCGCCUGUGAGAGACUCCCACGACCCAUUGUGGGUCUGGGCCCCCUCGGGGACGAAGAUGCCAAGCCAGGGACAGUCUCCAGCCCCCUGCAGCCGGCCCCUGCCCCUCCACUGCCAGUGAAGAAAGGCCUCCCUGCGGUUCCGCCCAGAAGGCGCAUCUCCGAAAGGCUGUCCCUGGAAAGCCAGAGUGUGAGGAUGCUGCCAGAGGGGGAUAAGUUGGGUGUUUCCAGGGCAACCUCGCUCAGCUUACUGCCCCAAGGGACCUCAGACAGCCCUGGAGAUGUGGCACAGAGGACCACAGAGCCAGAGCAGGAUGCAGAAGAGAAACCCGGAGAUCCAGACAGCUUACCAGUGCCUCCCAGGAACACCAGACAACCCCCAGUCCCGCCCCCCAGGAAAAAGAGAGUCUCCCGGCAGCUGGCCCCUAGCCUGCCCAUUCCCCUGGAGAGCCCCGAGCACCCCACCCACGAGGCCACCCCCGAGAAGCCCACACCUGGUGCACCCGGAGAAGACCCACGUGGGGUGUCCCCAGCCCAGACUCAGGACCUCUUUACCCAGGCCAGUGCCUGUCCCCAGAGCUCUCCGGAGUUCACGGGCUCCCUGGCUUCGCUCUCAGACAGCCUGGGGGUGCCCGCCUCGGCCAUCGAUCAGGACUCCUACUCGACCAGCAGCACCGAGGAGGAGCUGGAGUUCAGCAGCCCCAGUGUGAAGAAGAGACCCGCCAUGAUCCUGGACAAGGCGCGCCACCGCCUCAGCCUGGUCAGCUUUGCCAGCGUCUUCCACGCCUUCCUGUCCAAGGACCGCAAGCUGUUUAAGAAGGUGGUGGAGCUGGCCCAGGACAAGAGCUCGUACUUCGGCAGCCUGGUGCAGGACUACAAAGUGUACAGUCUGGAGAUGAUGGCACGCCAGGCGUCCAGCACGGAGAUGCUGCAGGAGAUCCGCACCAUGAUGACGCAGCUCAAGAGCUACCUGCUGCAGAGCGCCGAGCUCAGGGGCCUGGCGGAGCCCGCCCUGGACGCCGAGGAGGAGCUCGAAGCCAUCGUAGAGUCAGCCUUGUAUAAGUGUGUCCUGAAGCCCUUGAAAGAGGCCAUCCACGCCAGCCUGCUGGACAUCCACAGCCGGGACGGCUCUCUGCAGCAACUCCGGGACAACCAGCAGGUGAUCCUGGCCACCACCACCACCGACCUGGGCGUGACCACCAGCGUGCCUGAGGUGGCCGUCAUGGAGAAGAUCCUGCAGAAGCUGACCAGCAUGUACAAGGCCUACUCACCCGGGAAGAAGAUCUCCAUCCUGCUCAAGACCUGCAAGCUCAUCUACGACUCCAUGGCCCUUGGCAACCCAGGGAAGCCCUACGGCGCCGACGACUUCCUGCCCGUGCUCAUGUACGUGCUGGCGCGCAGCGACCUCACCGAGAUGCUUCUCAACGUGGAGUACAUGAUGGAGCUCAUGGACCCCGCCCUGCAGCUGGGGGAGGGUUCCUACUAUCUGACCACCACCUACGGGGCCCUGGAACACAUCAAGAACUAUGACAAGAUCACAGUGACCAGGCAGCUGAGUGUGGAAGUGCAGGAUUCCAUCCAUCGCUGGGAACGCAGGCGCACGCUCAACAAGGCCCGGGCCUCACGCUCCUCUGUACAGGACUUCAUCUGCGUGUCGUACCUGGAGCCCGAGCAGCAGUCGCGGACGCUGGCGUCGCGCGCGGACACGGCGGCGCAGGCUCUGUGCGCGCAGUGCGCGGAGAAGUUCGCGGUGGCGCGGCCCGGCGAGCACCGGCUCUUCGUGCUCGUGGACGGCCGCCGCUUCCAGCUGGCCGACGACGCGCUGCCGCACCGCAUCAAGGCCUAUCUGCUGCGCAGCGAGCCCAAGCGCGACUUCCACUUCGUCUACGGGCCCCUGGACGGGGACGGGGGCGGAGCGGGGAGCCCACCCUGCCUGGUCGUGCGCGAGCCCAACUUCCUGUGACGCCGCAGGCUCCCCCCAACCCCACCUCCACCCCACCCAGACUGGCAGCACCGAGGGGGCAGUCACACUUGGCCCGUGCCCUUGCCAGUCACACUUGGGUGCCAUCCACCGAACAUGCGCCGCCCAGUUGUGGCAGCGUGAUUGCAAAAUAUAUAUAUAUAUAUGCUGAAGGAGUGGCCGAAGGGCACCAAGAGGGGUUCGAUCGUAUUCGUCAUUAGCAGAAAGGGAAACUGAGGCAAGGGGCAGGAAGAGGUUCUCCAUCCAGCUGCGGCAGACCAGCCCACUCCCUGCCCCUUCCGUAUCCGCAUCCUUCACUUCUUCCUGGACUGGCGGAGGAAGGGCAUCUUCGUCCCCAACUGCUCCUUGUGCCUGGGCUGUGUGUGGCCCGCCCAGCCUCACAGGAGUAUGUUGGUGUUGAAGAGAGGUUUCCCCCAUCUCUACCCCAGAGCCUGCUCUCAGCUGCCUGAGUGUCCAGAGACACCCCCCCCCCAACCCCAGGACACCUGAGCCCCACCAGAAGCCCCCAAAACACCCUGGGACUGCCAAGCCAGGCCAGCCCCACAGAUCCAUGGACAAGUCCCACUUCUAUCCCAAGGGAGAACCUUACGGCCGGCGCCCUGGUGGAGACACCACACGGCUGAAUCUAUUGCUGCACAUAGGGGGUGGGGGGAGGGAGAGUUGAAUAAAAGCCCUUUUGCAAGUGGCAUGUCCUUCUCUGGAGGGCCGGGGUUCUGCUCACCAGCCCAGGCUUCCGUCGCAUCCCCAUGAUCCUUGGUUCCUGUCAUCCUGGGCUCUGGAUCAUUUCUGAAGCCAUUUUGUACCUCCCUGCAAAUACCAUUCCCUUUGACGUUCACGUGGGUCAACACCUGUGCAUCCUUCAAAGGCCUGGCAGUCUUUGUCCCUCCAGGUGAGCUCACAGUCCGUAUCCGUGUCCACAUCAGAUAGCUGUUGUCACUUCCCCAGCUGACUGGAGCUAUUCCUCCUUGUCCUUGGCAGUGUUGAGGCUACUGAAUGUCAGAGCUCUCCUCAGCCUCUCAGCGAGAGCCCAAGGGUCACAUGGAGCCAGCCUCACUGUGGCUGCCCUCAAGGCAUCUAGAGAAUGGCAGCUGGAUUUAGUUGAAUUAAGCUCCGGGGCAUGAGCCGGCUCAGCCAGUCCUCAAGUGCAAAGGGCAUUUCAGGGGGAAAGUAGGGACGGCCAAGCGUUAAUCACAGCACUAGGGAGGCAGAAGUAGGAGGAUCGCUGUGAGUUCAAGGCCACCCUGAAACUAUGUAGUGAAUUCCAGGUCAGCCUGAGCUAGAGUGAGACCCUACCUCAAAAA